AUGGAAGACUGGGAAUCAGAUAUUAUAGUAGAAAAAUGGCUACAAGAAAACGAUGACACUAGUAUGCCAUUACCUAAUAUAGAAUCUAAGCCUCAUCUCCUCAUAUCAAAAGUUCGUAAGCACUACAUGGAAUAUCUUAUUAAAUUACUGUCUGUUAAUUAUGAGAGCCACCAGAGGUUACGGAACAAGAAUAUUUAUCUUCCAAGUGCUAUAUGGAGAUGUGCUAAGAUAAUAGAGAUGUCGGCAGCGCAAGCAUCAAUGGUAGUUCAAUUAUAUAGAGAAAGUAUUACAAGUGUGAUAAAAGAUUUAAAAAAUAAUACAAAAAAAGGACUACUUUUUAGGAAAUUGUAUGAGUGUCUUCAUUAUUCACCUGAAAAUGAGAAAAAAACACAAGUAUCCCACACCAAUUUUAAUGACUGUAAGUGUCAGUGUAACUGUAAUGAAAAAAAGAAAAUAAAGAAUAUAUCAAAAUCACCUAAUAAUAAAGAUACCAAUUUAAGCAAUAAUAUUACCAUUCAAAAUGACAAAAAUGAUUUGAGUUUAAUCACUAACCCUGUAGAUUUAAUAUCACAAAUAGAGAUGGAUAUGUCUCAAAAUGCUGCAAUUAUCACAUCUUCUCCACAAAUAAAAGAUCAGAUAUCUGUAGAAUUACAAAACUCUGAUGAUCUGAUGCAACAACUUGAGAAAUUGUUUCAAGGUGACCCUAAUGAUGAUGAUUUAUUCGAUGGAGCUCUAUGUUCUGCAGACCUUUCUAAGGUAAAAAAUAAAGAGAGUCUAAAAGUAAUUAAUGAUGAUCUAAGAAGCACAACAAACCCUCAAGAAAAAAUUAUUGAAAGCAAAGAUCUACCAAAUAAAUGUUUAGAUGAAAGACUGUCAUUACUUAGUGGCAUAUUGGUAAACAAUGACUGCACUUCCCAAGAUUCUACCAGUAUUCAAAAUAAAAAAAAACGACCAAGUAAAUGGUUAUGUGAGGAAUACUUUCAAAAAGUAAAACUGUUUGAACUGUUAGAUCAAAUAAGUGACUGUGAUAGAAAUAAAUUGGCAAGAAUAAAAGAGAUGUUGCUAGAUCUUUUUGGUGAAGAUAGUGAUGAUGAAGAUGUUGUAUCACCUUUAGAAGAAAGCACAGAGUUUGUUAUAAGUUGCAAAGAAAGGAUUACACCAUGGGUUGUAAAAAUACUAACUCCUUAUUAUGUUAAGGGUAGGAUUAGAGGCAAAAGUUUAUUUAAAUCUUUAGCCAAGCAUUUAAUCAAACUUAUCUAUCAGUGUAGUAAAUAUCCAUAUGAAUAUGAGGUACAAAGCUUUGUUAAAGAUUUUCUAAACACCCAUAAAAUGAUAAGAUGUGAAGCUGAUUUUAGAGAAUUUAGAAUUGAAAACGUU